CGCAAAGGAGGUGGCGAAGUUGCUGGAGAUGAAGGCGCAGCUGGGAGAUGAGGGGAAGUCCAAGUUCGUGCUCAAGACCCCGAAGGGCACACGAGACUAUAGCCCCAAGCAAAUGGCCAUUCGGGAGAGAGUCUUCAAUGCUAUCAUCACCUGCUUCAAGCGCCACGGAGCCGAGGUCAUUGACACGCCAGUGUUUGAGCUGAAGGAGACACUGACGGGGAAGUAUGGAGAAGACUCGAAACUCAUCUAUGAUCUGAAAGAUCAGGGGGGAGAGCUGCUGUCCCUGCGCUAUGACUUGACUGUGCCUUUUGCUCGCUAUUUGGCAAUGAACAAAAUCACCAACAUUAAGCGCUAUCACAUUGCUAAGGUGUACAGGCGGGACAACCCAGCCAUGACCAGGGGCCGCUACAGGGAAUUUUACCAGUGUGAUUUUGACAUCGCUGGCCACUUCGAUCCUAUGAUUCCUGAUGCUGAGUGCCUGAAAAUAGCGCAUGAGAUCUUGAGUGAGCUGCAGCUUGGAGACUUUCUUAUUAAGGUCAACGAUCGACGCAUCCUUGAUGGGAUGUUUGCAGUUUGUGGUGUCCCAGACAGCAAGUUCCGGACGAUCUGUUCCAGCGUUGACAAACUGGAUAAGAUGCCAUGGGAAGAUGUGAGGAGUGAGAUGCUGGGAGAAAAGGGGCUCUCUCCUGAGGCUGCGAAUCGCAUUGGGGAAUAUGUCCAGCUCCACGGUGGCCUGGAGCUGAUUGAGCAGCUCCUCCAGGACCCAAAGCUAUCCCAGAAUCAACUAGCCAAGGAGGGGUUGGGGGACAUGAAGCUGCUGUUUGAGUACCUGACGCUGUUUGGCAUCACAGGGAAGAUCUCCUUCGACCUGAGCCUGGCGCGAGGCCUGGACUAUUAUACAGGGGUGAUCUUUGAGGCCGUCCUGGUACAGCAGGAGAACAACCAUGAGGAGGAGCCAGUCAGCGUUGGGAGUGUGGCUGGAGGUGGUCGCUACGAUGGGCUGGUGGGGAUGUUUGAUCCCAAAGGACGGAGGGUGCCCUGUGUGGGAGUCAGCAUUGGGAUUGAGCGGAUCUUCUCCAUCAUGGAGCAGAAGGUGGAGGCCUCUGCAGAGAAGAUCCGGACAACAGAGACACAGGUACUAGUGGCCUCUGCCCAGAAGAAGCUCCUAGAAGAGCGGCUGAAGCUCAUCUCUGAGCUGUGGGACGCUGGGAUCAAGGCAGAGAUGCUGUACAAGAAGAAUCCUAAACUACUGAAUCAACUGCAGUACUGCGAGGACACAGGCAUUCCCCUUGUUGCCAUCGUGGGUGAGCAGGAGCUCAAGGAUGGAGUUGUCAAGCUGCGGGUCGUGGCCACCAGGGAGGAGGUUGAUGUUCGCAGGGAGAGCCUUGUUGAGGAGAUCAAGACACGAACAAGCCCGUCUUAAGCCCUUCUGGCUGCCUCUACUCAUUCACUGGAUUUCAGCUGACAGACUUCCUCCUGUAAAUGCCAAGCAGUGUGGCAGCGGGUGCAGGGCUGGGGAGCAUUUGAAAGCUGUAUUUAUUCUCGACUUGUGCCCUCCUUUUCCCAGUGGGAGCAGAGAAGCUGCAUUGCCUUCUACAAAACACUAUGGCCCUGAGCAUGUUGCUGGAAAGAUGUUUUGCGAGAGUCCCUGGCAAGCGUUUGCCUCCUGUCCGUGAUCGUUAUGGUGACAUGUGGAGCCCCAUGCUGUUGGCAGACCCCGGGGUCUUGGCUGCAGCUUCUUGUUCCCUUCAUUUUGAAUAAACCUCCUAUCUAGCAUCUCUGCUCUGGCUGCAGGGAGGUGACCUUAUCCAAAGCAAAAUGUAAAGCCCAUUCCAAGAAACAUAAUAAAUCUUCUGUCUGUCUUA